AUGGCAAGUAGUUGCCUUGAACAACAACAACACAAGUCUUUUCAUCCUUCUCACCACCUUUACAAGAAAUCUACACUAAGGGACAUAGAUAUCCCUCCCCGGAAACUUCUCAACCGCCGUGCCUCCGCCACCUCGCCGGAAGCUUAUAUGGCGGACACCAUGUACCAAAAUGAGUCUCCUAGGGUCAUGCCUGAAGAAACCUUGUUCAAGAAAUUCCUUCCUUACAAUACUGGAGUUGAUUCUGAUGAUGAAGAGGGUGAUCCUUAUGCUGCUGAUCAUUUCCGUAUUUACGAAUUUAAGGUUCGUAAAUGUACUCGCAGCCGGUCCCAUGACUGGACCGACUGUCCCUUCGCGCACCCCGGCGAAAAAGCUCGCCGUAGGUGUCCGCGAAGGUACAACUAUUUGGGAACCGUGUGUGCGGAUUUUCGUCGGGGGAGUUGUAGCCGUGGAGAUUUAUGUGAGUUUGCACAUGGGGUUUUUGAGUGUUGGCUUCAUCCGUCUCGUUAUCGGACUGAAGCAUGUAAAGAUGGGAAAAACUGUCAGCGAAAAAUAUGCUUUUUCGCUCACACGCAACGCCAGCUGCGUGUGGUCCCACCGGAACCGGUGAAAAAGUAUCAUUCAGAAUCAUCCUCUCAUUCUCGUUGUUGCGCCCAUUGUAGGUGUCAUUUAGAUAUUCAUCAUACAAAUUCACCUACUUCAACUUUGAACAUUGAUCUUGAUAGCCUUUCACCGCCGGCAUCACCGCCUUUCUCUCCGGCUAGAUCAGCCGUGUAUUCGCCGAUAUCUCGAUUUGCUGAUAGGUUAGCUAGAACCGAAUCUUUUGGUAUGACCCAGAUGGGUCAAAGUGCAGCCAAUAAUAGCUCUAUAAUUAGUCACAAAGAUUGCAUGAAUGAGAUGAUGAGCAACCAUGCUAUAAAUGAACUCAUGAGGUCAAUGGAAGCAAUGAGUGUUGUUGAUGAUCAAAACCCUCGGUGGAUGGAUUCUUGCUACAUUAAUGGAAGCAGUAGUACUGGUGGAUAUGGUGGUGAUCAGCAGAAUGUGUGUACUAAUAAUAGUAAUAAUGAGGUCAGCUCUAGUGUGAUCAAUGGUCCAGAUCUUGGAUGGGUGAAUGACCUGCUGACAUAA